ACUUUGGUCAGUCUCAGAAAGCUAACGAGCGGCGAAGCAGAUCAAAAUUUUCCACACGCACCAAAAUACCUAUACAUAUAAGCAAUGUGGAGCGAUUUAAAGAACAAGGUGAUCCUGGUGACCGGCGCCGGGGCUGGUAUUGGAAAUGCUCUGGUCAAGCAGCUAGCCGCCGCUGGCGCCACGGUCAUUGCGGUGGCGCGCAGUGAGCCGCAGUUGAGGGAUUUGGUGGCCAUCGAUGCGCAGCACAUUAAGCCACUGUUGCUCGACUUGCGCGACUGGAACAAGGUGCGUGAGGGCUUGUCCGCUGUGCCGCCGCUCGAUGGGCUGGUCAACAAUGCGGGCGUGGCCAUUAUCAAACCCUUCGCUGAGUUGACCGAACAGGAUUUUGAUACGCAAUUCGAUGUGAACAUCAAGGCCGUCUUCAAUGUGACCCAGGCGCUGCUGCCCAAGCUGCGCAAUGGCAGCUCCAUCGUCAAUGUCUCCUCGAUUGCGGCAUCCCGCAGCUUUGCCGGCCACACCGCCUACAGCGCGACCAAAGCGGCAUUGGACUCGCUGACCAAAUCGUUGGCCCUGGAGCUAGGCGAACGUCAGAUACGCGUCAAUUCGGUCAACCCCACCGUGGUGCUGACCAAAAUGGGCCGUGACAAUUGGUCCGAUCCGGGCAAGAGUGGGCCACUGCUGGCCCAUAUACCGCUGCAUCGCUUCUGUGAGGUGCAUGAGGUGGUCGAUGCCAUUGGCUAUCUGCUGAGCAGCAAGUCCAGCUUCGUGAAUGGCCACCACAUCAACCUGGAGGGCGGCUACUCAGUCUCCUAAACAC